AGGACUGUUGCUGUAGCUGGGGUGUGUACAGCGGUGUACACUCAGUUACUCAAUGGCUGUUGCGGACAUUAACAAGAGUUAGCUUCUUUUAACACUUUGUUUUUAAAGUGCAGUGUUUUCAGCGUAAUGGUGUGGACGCAACACAAUGGUUCUGCAGUAAAUAUGGGUCAGAGAGAAGAAGACAAGGUGUGGUGUCUUAACAUCCUCACCUACCACAGAGAGCUGCUGGUGUCCAGGCUGAGGAGCAUUCAGUGCAUCCUGGACAACCUGUUGGCCUGCGGCUUCAUAUGUGAAGAGGAUGUUGAGAUCAUACAGCGAACUGCCACCAAGACGGAUCAGGUGCGCAAAAUCUUGGAGCUGGUCCAAUGCAAAGGCCAGGAGGCCUGUGAAUUCUUCAUUUACAUCAUAUAUAAAGUAUGUGAUGCCUACAUAGACCUGCAGCCAUGGUUGAAAGAGAUAAACUACAACCCAAGCAGUGAUGUAACGCUGAUAACAGUGGUUAACACAGAUCCCAUCAGCAGGUAUUGUGAGAAGUUGAAGCACGAGAUGAGCCGGGACACCUGCUUCAUCAUGUCAUACGGCCAGCGAGAGGAGACGAGGCUAGAGGACCUUUACACUGACACACUGAUGGAACUGUUGAACGACUGCAAUGAAAGUUUGGGCUUCUUAGAGAGUCUGGACCAGCUCCUGGGAGACCAUGCAGUCUUCAAUCCCCAAGGUGAAAUCAUCUAUGUUAUGGGGGAUGCCGGUGUGGGAAAAUCCAUCCUCCUGCAGAAGCUUCAGAACCUCUGGUCCAAAAAGGAGCUGCAGACGGAUGCCAUCUUCUUUUUUAAGUUCCGCUGUAGGAUGUUCAGCAUCCUCAAAGAAACAGAGCAGAUCUCCCUUAGAGACCUUCUGUUCAAAUACAACUGCUACCCAGAUCUUGAUCCAGAUAAUGAGGUGUUUGAUUACAUCGUGCGCUUCCCUGAGAAGGUUCUUUUUACAUUUGAUGGCUACGAUGAGCUUCAGAUGAAUGAUCUGAUGAAUGUUCCUGAAGUGGUGUCACCAGAUGUGAAGGCACACCCCUUCCAGCUGCUCAUCAGUUUGCUCAGUGGGAAGCUACUCAAGGGCUCCCAGAAGGUGCUGACGGCCCGGACAGGGACUGAGAUCCAGAGUAGGGUGAUCAGAAAGAAGGUGGUUCUGCGGGGAUUCUCCCCAGCUCAUCUCAAGACCUACAUUGAUCUGCACUUUAAGGAGCAGGAGCACAGAGAGCUGGUUUCAGUUCAGCUGGAUGCUAGCCCCCACCUGUGUGGCCUCUGCUCCACCCCGCUGUUCUGCUGGAUUGUAUUUAAGAGCUUUAGGCACCUGCACACCAUGCAUGAUAGUUUCCAUCUGCCUGAAACCUGCAUCACACUGACAGACAUCUUCCUGCUGCUGUCGGAGGUGUUCCUCACCCGCUCAGCCUCACCUGCGCCGUCUCUGCUGAAGAAAAGCACCCGAUGUGCCUCUGAGACAUUCAAAGCAGGGCUCAGGCCUCUUGCAGCAUUUGCCAAACUAGCACUUCAGGGUAUGGAGAGUGGUAGCUUCAUUUGCACCCAAGAGGAGAUCACUGCAUGUGGCCUGACGGAGGAGGACCUGACGCUGGGCUUUCUAAGACCUGUCAGUGAGUAUGAUGCCAAUGGAAGCCCUGCUACAUUUGAAGUCCUCCAUAUCACCCUCCAGUCUUUCCUGGCAGCAUUUGCUCUAGUGUUGGAUGAGCAGGCUGCUGCCAGCUCCAUCCUCAAGUUCUUCACAGAGUGCAGCAGGAAAAGAGAAGUCUCCUGUCUGCCGUUUAACGUCUGUGUCUGUGGCUCCUCAAAGCCCAGUGAGAAGAAGCCAUUCACAUCCAAUGAGCACCUUCAGUUCACUAAUCUGUUUCUGUGUGGACUGCUGUCCAAGGCUAACACUGGCCUGAUUCAACAUCUGGUAUCCCCUGUGUUACUAAAGAAAAAACGGACCCUGCUAAAAUCCUACCUGUCCACCAGUGUGAAGUCCCACCUCCACGGCUUACCCCACUACAACAGUGAAGACGGCAAGAAAGUUCAUGUUUUGCCCAACUUCUUGUGGAUGCUGAGGUGCAUCUUUGAGACAGGGAGCAAAGACAUCGCUCAGAUGACAGCAAAAGGCAUCACAGCGAACUUCAUCAAGCUGGGUUACUGCGACGUGUACUCAGGUGACUGCACCGCCCUGAACUUUGUACUGCAGCACCGUCAGAAGCUCCUGGGCGUUGACAUGGACAACAACAACAUCAGUGACUACGGGGUGAAGCAGCUGAAGCCCUCCUUUUCUAAGAUGACAGUAGUGAGAUUGAGCGUCAAUCGCCUGUCUGACAGCAGCAUCGAGGUUCUUGCAGAGGAACUGUGUAAGCACAAAAUUGUGGAGAUCUUGGGGCUUUACAACAACGAAAUCACAGAUGCCGGAGCCAAACUAGUUGCUCGGAUAAUUGAGGAAUGCCCAAAGCUGCGAACUGUCAAGAUUGGUAAAAACAAGAUCACCAGUGUUGGCGGGAGGUAUUUGGCCAGCGCCAUUCAGAAGAGCACUUCCAUAUUUGAUGUUGGAAUGUGGGGGAACAGCAUCGGCGAUGAGGGAGCAGAGGCCUUUGCAGAAGCUCUGAAACAGCAUCCUCGGCUCACCAACCUCAGUCUCUCAGCCAAUGGCAUCACAUCUAAAGGUGGGAAGUGCCUGGCAGAAGCACUGAAAGAGAACAGCGUCCUCAGGAUAUUCUGGUUGGUGCAGAAUGAGCUGACUGAUGACGCAGCUCCUCACUUGGCUGAGUUGGUCCAAGCGAACACGGGUUUACUCCACCUCUGGUUAAUCAGCAACCAGUUCACUGUGGAUGGGAUCAAACAGCUCGCUGAGGCCCUAACUCACAACACAGCACUCAAAGAGAUAUGCGUGAAAGGAAACCAGCUCUCUGAGGAGGAAGAGAAUCAGUUUGUGGAAGAGAAAAGGCUGCGGUUCCACUGACUGGGCACUCACGUGAGACGUGCAUGCACUGAGUAAUGUCGGCAUGGCAGAAAACGUGUACUGUAGUGUGUGUUCACUGUAUGAAUGCAGAGUGUUAGCAGACUGAUUUGGUACAGUAUGAUUGAGUAUGUAUGAUUUCAGCUGAGUAACUGUGUGGCUGUGGGCACAAAGUCUGAUGUUAGAUACUGUAUAUUCAUAUCAUUCAUUGUUGAUGAAACCAUUUUUGCACUGAGAAAACUUUUUCAUGUUGGGGAUGUUUUGCUGUAAUUUUGACCAAAUAUCUGACAUGACGACUGUUACAGAAAAAAGGAAGUGGAAGCACUGAUGAUGAAGAGGGAAACAAACCAAGGACUUCCUUCUUCAUGAACCUUUGUAGAAACAUAUGGUGUAUAUUUUGAUUUGUAUACAUACGAACAAUAGCUUUAUUGUUUCACACGUCGCUGAUGGAAUGUAUUGAGGUGUACUUCAGUGUAAAUGAUGUUUACUGUUUGUUUGAUACUUUGUGGCAACUGGAUCCAGAAAAGAAUGUAUUUUGUUGAGUGACAUCAGUGUAUGAAUAACUCCUGAUGGACAGUGCUGGUGGUGAAAAGGCUGAUGGCCUCUGGUGACGGAUGACAGGACAUAGCGCUAAGCUCAGUAAAGAAGAUUUCCCUAUAAGGGGUACAUAGAGCGCUUGUCACUUCCUUUACGUGCCCAUGUGACCAGUUGGGCUGUUCACACUAAAAGUGCCUGCCAGUGAUCCGCAGCAAUAGUUUCGGCUGUCUGUUUUUUCCACUAGCUGAGAGUGAAUCUGGCAAGAAAACACACAUAUAAAGGAUCUGAUUCCAAUAAAUUAUAGAAUAUGCAUCUGUUGGUUACUUUUCCACAUACAUAUAUGUCAGUUGUGUAUGAACAGGGAGCAGUGGCAUGAGCACACUCACACAAGCAGAGAGAGAGAGCUCUAUGUGUGAUUGGAACAGAGCAGAGGAGCAGAAUAGCUCGUUUACCAACACACAGAAGUGUUCCUGGUGUAAAUGGCCGGUUGACUGCUCGCAUGACAAUUGACAUAUCAGUGCGCUUCCUCGUCCAGUGUGACCUGGCAUCAAAACGGAAGUAGCAGAGGCCAGGAUAUACUGAUUCAUAGUCCCUAGUAUGGGUCAAUGGGUCAAGUGCCUCUUUGAUGAAACAAGCUGGUGAGGGUAAUGGAGCACCACCACAGUCAUUAUCAUUCAUCUCAGUUUUUCUUGACUUAAAUAAAGUGAGCAUGUGUACAAAAGGUAAAAUGCUUCACUGAACUUUGACUAAGCUGUGUGUUUGAUGGAUUUGAAUUGAAAACAAGUAGAAUAGGACACUUUCAGGUUUACUAGAUGGCCCAAAAAUAACAUGGCAUAAAAAUGCAAUAAAUACAAGAGAAUGGUUGGUAUCCAAAUGAUCCACUCUAAAAAGCUUUUUGUAGGUAGUUUUACAGAAAAUAAAUAUUUUAACAUGU